AUGGCGAGAAAAUACAGCGAUUCCAGUGACGACGAUAGGAGUGUACAUCGUCGUCGCGAGAGGAGGAGUGGUGAUAAGGAUGGAGGGAGAAACGGGGACCAGGAAGUUAGGGAUAGAGAGGAAAAGAGGGAAAAAGAUGUCCGAGAACGAGAGGAACAGAACGGAUUGCAGGAAAGUUCUGAUGAAGAAGGAGAAUUGGUGGAGAGAGAAAGGAACGGGAGAGAUGGAGAUAGAAGAAAUAGUGAGCGUAGGGUUAAGGAUAAAGAGGAUAGCCGAAGAAGGGAUGAGAGCGGGCGUCGAAGGCGAGAAACUGAGGAUAGAAGAAGGGAACACCAUCGUUCAGAUGAGAUAGAUGAAGAUAGUAGGGUACAUAGUAAAUCAGAACGAGAGAGGGAUAGGCACAGUAGAUCAGGAAGAGAAAGAGAAAGAGAAAGAGAAAGAGAGAAGGAAAGAGAAAGGUAUGAUGACAGGCACAGAAAGCAUAGGAACAGAGAGGAUGAUAGGGAGACUAGAAGACAUAAGGAGAAGAAUGAAAUACGAGAAGAUGGUGGCGGUGCAAAGGUAACUGAGGAUUCAAAACCUCAAAAGACAGUAUUAGGAGAAGGAAAUUUGAACAAUGAAGCAACGAAUUUGGGCCGCAGUGGAGGGGUUUACAUUCCUCCUUUUAAGUUGGCUCGAAUGAUGAAAGAGGUUCAGGACAAAAGCAGUGUUGAAUAUCAGAGGUUGACAUGGGAUGCCCUUCGUAAGAGUAUAAAUGGGCUUGUGAAUAAGGUUAAUGCCACAAACAUUAAGAACAUUAUCCCAGAAUUGUUCUCUGAAAAUCUGAUUCGAGGAAGGGGUCUGUUUUGCCGGUCAUGUAUGAAGUCUCAAAUGGCUUCUCCAGGUUUUACUGAUGUGUUUGCUGCCUUGGUUGCUGUUGUGAACACUAAAUUCCCUGAGGUGGGUGAGCUUUUGUUAAGAAGGAUAGUUCUGCAGCUCAAAAGAGCAUAUAAAAGGAAUGACAAGCCUCAAUUGCUAGCUGCUGUUAAAUUUAUAGCUCAUCUAGUGAACCAGCAAGUGGCUCAUGAGAUUAUUGCUCUAGAACUCCUUGCUGUUUUGCUCGAGAAUCCCACUGAUGACAGUGUUGAGGUAGCUGUGGGCUUUGUCACAGAGUGUGGAUCCAUACUCCAGGAUGUGUCACCAAAAGGCCUGGAUGGAGCUUUUGAACGAUUUCGUGGAAUUCUUCAUGAGGGAGAAAUUGACAAGCGGGUGCAAUUUUUGAUUGAAGGCCUGUUUGCCAUUAGAAAAGCCAAAUUUCAGGGGUAUCCUGCGGUUCGUCCAGAGUUGGACCUUGUAGAGCUGGAAGACCAGCUAACACAUGAGAUAUCGCUUCAAGAGGACAUAGAUCCUGAGAUCAACCUUGAUAUCUUCAAACCAGAUCCAAAUUUCCUUGAGAAUGAGAAACGCUAUGAAGAAUUAAGGAAAAGCAUCCUUGGUGAGGAGUCUGAGGAGGAAGAAGGUUCUGAUGCAGUUUCAGGUGAUGAGGAUGAGGAUGAUGAGGAGGAGGAAGAUGAAUCUGAGGAAGAUGACGAAGAGCAGAUGCAAAUAAAAGACGAGACUGAAACUAAUCUUGUAAAUCUUCGGAGGACAAUUUACCUAACCAUUAUGUCUAGUGUGGAUUUUGAGGAGGCUGGCCACAAGUUACUGAAAAUCAAACUUGAGCCUGGACAGGAGAUGGAACUAUGCAUUAUGCUCUUGGAAUGCUGCAGUCAAGAGAGAACUUACCUACGGUACUAUGGUCUUUUGGGGCAGCGGUUUUGCAUGAUCAACAAAGUCUACCAGGAAAAUUUUGAGAAGUGCUUUGUUCAGCAAUAUUCCAUGAUUCAUCGGCUAGAAACAAAUAAGUUGCGUAAUGUUGCGAAGUUUUUUGCUCAUUUACUUGGUACCGAUGCCUUGCCUUGGCAUGUGUUAGCCUAUAUCCGCUUAACUGAGGAGGACACCACUUCUUCCUCACGCAUAUUUAUCAAGAUUCUCUUCCAGGAGUUGUCAGAGCAUCUUGGCAUUCGUACUUUGAAUGAGCGCCUUACAGAUCCUGCUAUGCAAGACUCAUUUGAAUCUAUUUUCCCCAGAGAUAACCCCAAGAACACCCGCUUUUCCAUCAACUUCUUCACAUCCAUUGGUCUGGGUGGCAUAACUGAAAAUUUGCGCGAGUACUUGAAGAAUAUGCCUCGGCUUAUCAUGCAACAACAAAAACCUGUCUCAGACUCUGACCCAGAUGAUGAAUCUGGAAGCUCUGAUUCAUCAGAUUCAGAUUCUGGUUCAGAAUCAGAAUCAGAAUCGGAUUCUGGUUCAGAUUCAUCGAGCUCAGAGUCAGAUGAGGAUGAAAGACACCGGAAGCGAAAUAGGAGAAGUGACAGGGAUGAUAGGAGCAAGAAGAGGAGGAGAGAUUAGGGAGUCUUUCUGCUGCUAGGUGAAAAACUUUAUGUUAUAAAUUUUUUAGAUUUUUUUUUUAAAAGCAAUCAUGUAAAUAGGAGUGUUUUCUACAAGCCCUCUUUACAUUAGAAUCUGUGCAAGUUAACAUUUUGUUUGUAUUCCAAAGUAGUUGUUGACUGCCCACCCUGUACUUUAUGUUGCAUUAUCAUAUUAUUAGCAAGAAAAUUUUGGAUUUGUUUAAGAGAUUGUUGCUUAGAUACUUGAAAGAUAAUAUAUGGCUGCACUUUUGAAUUAA